GAAAAAGGAAAACAACUAUCAAAUAUUUUUUUUUACAGUUUUGUAGGAUUUUAGAAAAGGAAAUUAAUAUUACAUAAUCUUUUACAAUUAUAUUUUUUCUCUAUGAUUUAAAAAAAAUAAAAUUUCUAUCAAACAACUAUUUCUAGUUAAUAUUAACUAUUUUUUAAAGUUGCAAUUUUCAAAAUUCGUUUUUUUCAUUAUCAUUAAUAUUCUUACAAUUUUUAUUGUUAAUUGAAUAAUUGUUACUAUCAUGUUUAUCAUUAAAUUUUGAAAUAAAAAUUACUAUUAAAUAAAAUUUACAAUUCUAGCUGGUCAUGAUUUAAAAAAAAAAGAUUUUAGUUGGUUAAGAUUAGAAAAAAAAGUCUUUUAGAAAUUUCCUUUAUUCAAGAUUUUAGGAAAAGAAUAAACUAUUUUCACAUAAUGAAAGUUUUUAUUGACACAUUCACAAUCUAAUUUUUUAAUUGACACAUAUCACAAUCAUAUCAGGUGAAAUAUUUGAAGUUACUUUUGGUUUAUAUUUUUAACACAAAUUUAUUAAAAAGUAAAGUUAUUUAAUACUUUAUGUAGUGGUUGUCUUAUAAUAUUUAGCUAAAUGAUCAAUAUAUUAUAAAUUUCAUAUAUACUAGUAAAAAGUGGAUUUAAAUCUGAAAACAAAAGUUGACAAAAAAAUAAUAAUCUCAAAACAAAAAUAUGUCAAGUCUACAGGGAGAAUAAGAUAAAUGGAAAAGGAAAUUCUAACUAGGGCACGAGUCCCCCUGCCACCACAACGGCACAACCAUAUAAUAUAAAAGUUUACACAUCCACAUUAAUUGAAUAACUCCGAGAUUUUAUUUUUUCUUUAAAAAAUAAUUAUUUGAUGACAAGAAAAAACUAAAUAAAAACAAUUAUUUACGGGACUUACUUUAUCCCAAUUAGAUUUGGACAGAGAAAGUGUUGUAGGGUUUUGUCUGAAUCUCAAACAGAGAAGGUGUUCUAGAGUUUUGUCCGAAGAUCAUGGUUCUCAAACCUUGUGCAGUCGCCUCAGCGACAGAGAGAGAUUCGAGCAACUUGGAGGAGGCUUCGAUGGAAGCAUCUUCAGUAGUUCUCAAACCUUGCGCAGCCGUGACGGCAGGGGAAGGGUGUUCCACCGAGUUGGAGAGGGAGGCCAUGGAGGUUUCUUCGGCCGUUGACGAUUCGCGCCAGAGAAAGCGUAAGGCCGAGCUCGAUCCCGAGAAAGAGGAAGAGAGCGAUGGUGAGAUUGAAGAAGACAAGAUUGAGGAGCGAGAGGAUGAUGACAUAGAUCUCUUAGAGGUGCCAGAGUGGGAUGUGGACAGCUUCGAUGGUCUGGUGUAUUCUUCCUCAACGGAGCCUGACCUUCCCCCACGUUACCAGCCUUGUGAAAACAUGGAGAAGGCUAUCCAUGACUAUCGCAUCUAUAAACAACAGCUCAUCACCAGCAAGGGAUUCAUGGUGGAUUCAACGCUUAGGCCACAUUAUUUGUACAAAAGAAUCAACCCGGUGAGUUUUGACGAUGGUGGAUUCUUCCGAGAUUACUGUGAAAAGAUGGUCUCUGUAUGUCUUGAGAGACAUAACCAAGACAAGGGUCUGAAUGUGGAGUUGGUCGAAGUGGUGAGAGCUAACUAUCGAGGGGGUCCUAGACCCAAGUCUUACAUUACAUUCAUGGCGAGAGAGAAACCGGAUGGACCCCUUGUUGAGUAUCAAGCCAAAGGUAUGGCUACUCUUGACAGAAAAUUCCAUCCCAUCCUCUGUAGACCGACUCCUACGCCAAUGCCGCAAAAUCAAAACUAAUUAAGUCAGAAGAUGGACUUGGCAAAAGGGCAUAUCAUCAGAAGUCAGAUACAAUCCCUAGUGGUUGUAACAUUUUAACUUGAGCUUUUUUUCUUUAUAUAAUCUCUCUCUUGUGACCAUGUUCCCUAGAACUCAAUAACUAUGUGUUCCCUAGAACUAAAUAACUAUGUAACUGAUGGGGGAUUUAAUACUAGACCUAUGAAACGUUCUACUCUGGAAAAGAUUACUUUUGAUU